UAGUAGUGGCGCUGAAACCGGGGGUUUGAGGAAUCAAUUUUAAAUGAUUAAUCUCGUAUGAAGUAAUCAGUCAUAGUAAGAAAAAAUGAUAAUGAAAGAAAAUGUCGAAGAUUUUCCCAUGGAUGAACUUUCUGUAUCAUCUACAAACCGUGAUAUUUCAUCAUCAUUCCCUGAUUUAGCCAAUUCAGAAUUGUUUAUCCCACAUCCUACUUACAUUCUACCUACAUGCUCUUCAGAUGAAUCAAAUGAUAAUUUAAUUUGUAUGAAUUUCGAAUCAAAUCAUUACUUAAAAGAGGCCAUGAAUACUAUGUAUGAAUUAUUUCAGUCUCGAAAAUUAACUGAUGUCACAUUAUGUGUAAAUUCAGAAUCAAUUCAAUGUCAUCGAAUUGUUCUAGCUGGUGCUUCGCCAUAUUUCCGAGCUAUGUUCACUGGUGAAAUGCGUGAAGCACUUUUACAUGAAAUUAAAUUACAUUACAUAUCGGCAAGUGCUUUAAAAAAGCUAAUCGAUUUCGCAUAUACAGGUAGAAUACAAAUAAGUGAACGGAACGUAUGUGAAUUACUCAUAGCUGCUUCUAUGAUUCAAAUGUCUCAUGUUGUCCAAGCUUGUUGUAGUUUUUUAAAGCAGCAAUUACAUCCUUCAAAUGCUAUUGGAAUUCAAGAGUUUGCGCAAUCAAAUAAUUUUUCCGAAUUAUCGUUUGCUGCUCAAAAGUUUAUUGAUCAAAAUUUUAGCGAAAUAGUAAAACAUGACGAGUUUCUAGGACUUCAUCCUAACCAACUUUUAACUUUAAUUAAACGUGAUGAAUUAAAUGUACGAACUGAAGCGGAAGUGUAUAACGCUGUUAUCAGAUGGGUAAAUCAUAAUAGAAAUUCAAGAUCAUCUACACUGCUUGAAGCUUUGUCUGCCGUCAGAUGUUAUACACUUCCUCCUACAUUUAUACAAGGACAAAUAAAAAAUUGUAGUCUUCUUGCAGGUUUCACUCCUGCAAAAUCUCACUUGCAAAAUAUUCUAGAUGAUCUUAUUAAACACCGUCAUAUCUCAAUAAAUAAACGGACAGCUGGGUCAAUGGAGAUUCUUUACUCAGCUGGUGGUUAUCUGCGUUAUUCACUAAGUGCAUUUGAAUGUUACAAUCCAGUUACAGCUAAAUGGAGACGUCUACCAGAUAUACCUAGCCCACGUAGUGGCCUGUCUGCUUGUUCUGUACGUAGUUGCGUUUAUCUUGUAGGAGGCAGAAAUAAUAAUGAACAAGGAAAUAUAGAUGCACCUCACAUGGAUUGUUAUGAUCCAAGAAAAAAUUGUUGGACUACAUGUGCUCCUAUGUCAGUGCCUCGUAACAGAGUUGCUGUUGGUGUUGUCGAUGAUAUGAUUUAUGCUGUUGGUGGUUCAACCAAUACAAUGCACCAUAAAAGCUCUGAAAAAUAUGAUCCAGAUAUGGAUCAAUGGAUACCGAUAGCUUCUAUGAAUAGUCGACGGAUUGGAUUAGGUGUUGCUGUACUUAAUCGUUUAUUAUACGCUGUUGGUGGUUUUGAUGGUGAAAAACGUUUGAAUACAGUUGAACGUUAUGAUCCGGAAAAAGAUAAUUGGGAAGAGUUAGCUUGUUUGAAUCGAGCUAGAUCUGGUGCAGGUAAGUUUGGAGUUACUUAUUUACUUUGUAUAUAUAAGAUUCACGUAUUUUAUACUAGACUUUAAUCCUAAGUUUUUAAAAUGUUGAUUUUAUGAGGUCGGUCGAAUAGCUGUCAGUGAUUUAAGAAAGGGCGAGGGAGGGAUAGAAGUGUUUCGUUAGUAUAAUAUUAGUAUACAAUUUGAUUUUCCUCAUUGAAGUGUACUUGUUUUCUCGUCAAUAUGUUCCAUUUUCGUCUCUUUUUUUGUUGUCCUUCCUCCCAUCUUUAACAAAGUAUUCUUUUGAAUGCUUUGUCUCAUUCUUUCUUCACUGUCUUGUGCACAAUUCUCUUACCUCUCUCUCUCUCUCUGGUGUAUGUAUGUUGGUAACGCUUUUUUGUAUAGUAGCAUCUACAUGGUAAAUCAUGUGUCCAUCAGUUUGACAUUUCUUACCCAGUUAUAUCUUUUUUCAUGCUAUCACUAAGGUUAAUUUGAAGUGUUACAUGAUUAGGAAUUGGUUAAUCAGUUGGUUUACUUAUUAAAUCAUGUUGGUAAAAGGUAUACUAAACAGUUUAUAGUAUAGUUUACAAUUCAGUUACAAUAUACAAACUUUUUAAACGUCAUAAUCAGCACAGCAGAAAUAAAGAAAAUUAAACUGUGUAGGUGGAUAUAUUUCUAGAUAAUGGACAGAGUAUUUUUUUUAUCAGUCAUUCAGACAUUUGUGUUGGUAGGUUAAUCCCUAUAUGAGAACAGGUAGACGGUGGCUAUGGUUAAAUGAUUAACCUACUUACUCAUUAUAAAUUGACCCCACGCUUCUUCAUUUAAUUUAACAUGAAACUUUUAAAUAUCAUUAUCUGAUAUGUCAGAUUUUGUUUGGGUCGAUCAGUUUGUUGUACAAAUGACUUUAUUCUGAUCACUGGAUGAAUAUUCCGUAUUAAGGUAGCAUAAAGAGUUUGGAGCUCAUCAAUAAUGAAUACACCGAGGAUGAUCCUCUUUAUGUACACCAUACCAAGAAGUUAUUUGACAAUAAGAAAAACUAAAAUGUCAACUUUCUUACUGAAAGCGUUCUGUGUCAUUGGUGUUUUUGAAUCUCAUAGUUAAGUAUAUUUCAGUUUAUUAUUACUAUUAAUAAUAAUCAUAAACUUUUUAAUGAAUAACAUUGAAGGAAAAUAAAUAAAUUCAGUUCAAUGUCAAUCAAAACGGAGUUUUUUCCUCUUAAUAAAAGAAUAGAAUAACGUUUCAUUGGGUCAACUGAUUUUUGACUGGAAUAAAGUUUCUCGAAUAACCACUAAGCUUCUGUCAUAUAUAUAUAUAGGGAAUUAUAAUAAGUCACUUUUCAUUAUUAUUAUUAUCCAACACAAUAGUUUGUUCAUUUUUAGACAGCAUACUCAUUUUGUUUAUUAGACAUGUCCAAAUCAAUGUUUCUGACCAUACUGUGUUUAAACCAGUCAACAGAGCAAGACAGUAUGACUCAGCUAAAUGCAUUGACUCAUACACAUUUUUCACGUCGUCACGACUUAAUCUUCGCUUCUCAUUGAUCUUGUUUGCUAUUCUUCUUUCUACUGAUACUUGUUAUUUUCUUUCUGUUGAAUAAUUCGUUUACGCAGUUUGACUUCUCUGUUUGUAUAUCUUUACGUCCCUAUGCACGUGUGUGUCUAUGCCUACAUCUCAGAAAGAAUCUUCAUUAUUUUCUGGUACACGUAGCCUAAUUGUCUAGAUUUUUUUUUCUCUCACUAAAUUAUUUUGAUAUUCAUGUCGAUUUUGACUUUUGUUAAUUUAUCAACUUAUUAUGUUAUGCAUUUAUCUGUAAUAGCACAACAUCUUCAAUCGUAUGUGUACACGUAUAUCUAUAUAUCAGCAGGUAGUAAAGAAGUAGAAAAUGUGAGAAAUCCUGUGCGUAUUCACUUGUGUGUAUCAGUAAAAAAUAGGAGAGAUUGUCUAACUUUUUUUUACCUGUCUAUCUAUUUAUCCAUUUGGUCUCUCGUCUACUUGCCUAGCUGUCUAUCUACCUAACGGUUAUUUACAUUUAAUAAUUAUCUACUUCGCCUAAUAGUGAUAAUUAACUUCUUUUUUUAUCCAAAUCAUCGUAGACUGUAUUUGGUUUAUUAUAAUUAAAACUAUUAUCCGUAGACAGACUGUCAGUUGUUUUGUGCUCUAAAGACUUGUUGUUGUUAUGAUUAUUGUUUUUUCGUCGUUGUUGUAGUCAUUAUCAACAUCGUUUACUUGUACGUACGUAUGUAUGUAAGUAUGCAUAUACAUAAACACACACAUACACAUCUGUGUCUGGGUCCAAUUUCAGAUUGGUAUUAUCAACCCGUUUUGUUUUAUGUAUGUUGCCAAUCUGUUCUCUUUUCUCACCAGAUCAACAAUGUUGGUAUUCUCUGUCUGGUUUUCCUCUUGUCGUUGUCCUAUCUUUUUCAUAACUUCUUUUUAACAAUACUAAUGUCUGUCUGAUAAUACCAGUCCCUGUCUAUUUAUUGAUUUGUCUAAUUAUCAUAUGGUCCCUACCGUUAGUAGUGUAAAACAUACGUAACAGUUUAGUAGAAUGUUUAUAUGGAAUAUUUCGGCUUAGUUAUAAACGAAAUACAGUUUAUUAUUUAGAAAAAAUAGGAUGACAGUUUAACAGUUUUGUCGUAAAAAAUACUGUGUAAAAAACACUUUUCAUAUUAUUAUUUUUACUUUGAUUAUUAUUGUCAUUAUCACUAUUAUUUGUUCAAUAUACAUUUCAUAUAUCUCGCUUUCCUAUGAGUAGUUUGGCUUUAUUUAAACUUACUGGUCAAAGCUAUGGAAAUUAGCGGAUUUUUCCAAAUAAAUCCAUUGUUCGAAGAAUUAAAAAUAUUUCAUUGAAGCCAUGAUCCGAUCAAAGUUAGUCCACCAUUGAAAAAAUGGAAGCACUGGACAACCGUUUCGUCUUAGUACGGGACUCAACAGUGGGCAUCCACGACUCCGCAACCGGGAACCGAACUUAAAAUCUUUGGUCUUGGGCACAAAAACUUAGCCUCUAGACUACUGAACUGAGGUCUAGUGUGUACAAGUCUAACUUCAAUCAGUCAAUGACAGCACACGAUUAUCUUCCAAUGUCUUCGGUCAGUACUUUCCUCACACCCUCAAUAUGGCUUGGUCCCACUAGUUAAAAGUAUUGACUGAGUCCCAGAAAAAAUGUUGGGUCGAAGAACAAGAAACAUCUUCAACGAUAACAUCAGUAUUUAUCUGAUAAUCCCCAACCCACUCUAGGAUAUUAAUAGUCAAGCGUUUAGUUCAUUGUGGCAAUGUAUUUUAAAUCAACAAACUAACUGAUUAUUAUUACUAUUAAACAUACGACGAGCACAUCAUUUUUAGUUCACUUUGCUGCCAUCCAAGAGUGUACAUUGCAGAUUUCAAUCAGUUCAUGAUAUUGUGAUCAUAUUCUAGUAUCAUUGUUGAAUAACUAUCUUAUACUUGAUAUGGUUUAACUCCAUUAGUCGUAGCUCCUCAGAAUUCCUGGAACAGGAUUAUUACUAUUAUCAGCAUACGGGAUUUGUGGAGAUUGUUAGAUUUACAUCGAUGACAUCAUGAGCUGAUGUUAGUUAGCUAUCCAAUGGUUGUUUAACUAAGUUCAGCCAAUUAUGUAGUCCAUGAUAGUUUAUUAUUAUAUGACGUUUCCUCAGAUGGUGAAUAAGUGACUACUUCAUAGUAAUUAGAUGAUGAGAAUUUUUAGAAAUUUUUGAAGAAAAUAAGAAUUAUAUUCGUGUAGAAGUUAAGACUAUUAUUUGUUAAAAAAACUAUGUACUACUCUACACUAAACAGUUGUCUAGUCAUUUUUGGAUAUUGUUUUAUUUAUUUAUUUAUUUUAUCACAUAGAUAUUGGUACAAGGGUGCACCAAAUAGAUAUGCACUACACAAAUCUCAUUUGAUUUGUGUGAGAGCUGUGAUACUUCCCGAGUGCCCAAAUCGAAGCAGGUGGUUUUUUACGGGGCCACACUCGGAGCCUUCGACUUGAAGGUCUGAUUUACAAGGCAGUGGAGCAUCGUAAGG